AUGAAAAUACAGGAGUUGCAGUUGAAGGAGCGUGAAGAAGUGCUGCGUGGCUGGUGCGAGCUGCAGGCUGAAGUGCACGCGCUGCACGAGAGCUGGCGUCUCAUGCAGGAUGCUGCUGUGCUACAGAGACAGCAGGUGACGACAGCGAGCGAAAGCAUCGAAGUAGCCGCGGACAACGUGCAAGAAGCGAGACGCAGUCUGUCCGUCGCGGAGAGAUUGAGCGCGAGCGCGGGUGCGCUGGUGGGCGCGUGCGCGGGCGCGGCGUGCGGCGGGCCGCUGGGGCUGCUGGCCGGCGCCAAGGUGGGCGCAGCCGCCGCGCUGGCCGGCGCCGCGCUCGGCUACCUGGGCGCACGCGCACUCGGCCGCAAGCCGCCCGCCCUGACCGCCCCGCCCGCUCCACCCGCCGCCCACAAGCACGAGAAGCUGCUCUAG